AUGGGACUGUUGUGGCACUCUGUCAAAGGACUUUCACGAUCAGCGGGAAACAGCGAAAUCCGUUGCAGACAAAAUAAAGGCCGACGGGGAAGCGGCAACAAUCCCAGGACCGGUCCCCAAGCCGGGGAGGUAAAGGAAAACGGUGAAGAGCCUAGAAAAGCUGCGGGGAUCCGGCCUCGACAGAUACAGCAGACAAUCUGGGAUCGAGAAGGUGGAAAGGCAAAUCAUGAUUUUAACAAGAAGCCCCGCCCGACCUAG